UGUUUUUUUAAUUCUUCUCUCUCCUUCGAUUAUUUUAUUUUUUCUAUCCGUUACGCGAAACGGAGACGACGACGUUGGCCUAGGCGCGCGUACCGCGAACGGUCGUAAAAUCGACCAGGGCUAAUUGUUUUUUGUUUUUUUUUAUUUCCGAAACAGCGAAACAGGAUUUUUGAUUGUCGAAAGGUCGAAAAGUUUUCACGAGUUUCCGACAACGAUCACUCGUAAAAACGAGCGAUCGACUAUGGUGCAUAAAAUUAUUGGUGUACGUCGAUAAGAUGUUGAAAAUUUUGUUCCACUGCCGAAUCACUUGACGCUGAUAAAAAAAAAACAAAAAAAAAAAAAAUCGAAAAUAUCAACAAUCGAACGGAAAAUCGGUGGAAUAACGCGCUGAGUUCACCGAGCAUGUGCAACGUUUCGACCCAGUCGUAAGAUGAUAGAGGGUCAGGUACAUCCGCUUCCGGUACAGCAGCCGCAAGAGAAACAAGCCAACCAAUCGCCGACGAUAUACGUCAAGUUCGACAAUGGGCAAUGUAAGGAGCCGUUGCUCUACAACAAAAGGCACUCGUACAGGAUGACGCCGACCGGCGGCCGAUCGCGCGCCGCAUCCGAAUCCAAUACCGGAAUCGGUGCCGCUUCGGCCCUGUCGCUAGCCGAGGAAGGUGCCGACUUGACGAUGCUCGAGGACGGCGACGGCAAUCGGCUGCCCGACAUCGUCGUCGAGAGCAAACUCUACGGUCCCGGUGCCGGCGAACCGAUGGAAUCCUACCUGGCCAUAACCAUCCAGGUGUUCAUUCCGUUCCUGGUGGCCGGUCUGGGUAUGGUCGGCGCCGGUCUGGUUCUGGAUUUGGUUCAACAUUGGGUGGUGUUCGAGAGGGUUAACGAGCUGAUGAUACUGGUACCCGCGCUACUCGGUCUCAAAGGCAACCUUGAGAUGACCUUGGCGUCGAGACUCUCGACGCAGGCUAACCUCGGUCACAUGGACACGCCUAAACAACAGUCGACGAUGAUCGUGGGAAAUCUCGUGCUGAUACAGUGUCAAGCUAUAGUGGUGGGUUUCCUGGGUUCGGUGGUGGCCAUAAUGAUGGGGGCCUUCAGAAACGGCACGGUGUCGCUGGACCACGCUUAUCUGCUGUGCGCGAGCAGCCUGGUCACGGCGUCCCUCGCCUCAUUCGUCCUCGGUCUGAUCACCGCCGGUGUGAUCGUGUUCUCGCGUCACUGCAACAUCAACCCCGACAACGUGGCCACGCCGAUCGCCGCCAGUCUCGGCGACAUCACGUCGCUGGCCCUCCUCUCCUGGAUAUCGACGAUACUCUACGAGGCGAUAGACAAGCAGGACUGGCUGGCGCCCCUCAUCAUAUCCUGUUACGUUCUGGUCACACCGCUCUGGGUAUGGAUAGCCAAGAAAAACGAGCACACAAACGACGUACUCUACAACGGCUGGACACCGGUGAUGAUCGCCAUGCUGAUCAGCAGUUGCGGAGGACUGAUACUCGAGUCGAUGGUAUCCAGAUUCGAGAACCUCACGGUCUUUCAACCGGUGAUAAACGGGGUGGGCGGUAAUCUGGUGGCUGUGCAGGCAAGCCGGAUAUCGACGGCUCUUCACAAGCAGGCGGAACUGGGAACGCUACUGAUACCGCCGGGGCACACCCAUCCGAUAAUAUUCAUCACCCCGAUAGCGAACUUCUUCGGGAAAGGACUUCACGCGAGGACCACGCGGGUCCUGAUGGCGAUGGUGAUACCGGGUCACAUUAUUUUCAUCUACAUGAUCAACUACAUGAAGGACGGAAACGCCUCGUUGACACCGUUGUUCGUUUUCGUUUACCUGUGCGCCGCCAUGCUCCAGGUGGCCGCCCUGCUCUACAUCGCUUUUAUAAUGAUCCAUUGGAUGUGGAAGCGAAAAAUCGAUCCGGACAAUUCGGCGAUACCGUACCUGACGGCGAUGGGCGAUCUACUCGGUAUAAGCCUGUUGGCGAUCGCCUUCCAGUUUCUCUACCUCGUCGGGGAUGAGUACUCCGACCUUCCGAUGCGACCUUGAAUUAGAGAAUAUUCUUCGGAGGAAGAAAAAUCAUCCAAUAGAAGAAUCGGAAUCAGUGUCAGUCGAGAACAUGUUCGCUGUUUCCAGGUAAA